AUGAAGAAAACAGAGGAGGCAAAGAGACAGCAUACCACGCCCUUCUCCCUCCAUGGUGGAUGGGAAAAUGAUGAAACAGUGGAGGAGGCAGCUGUACGUGAAGCUAUAGAAGAGGCUGGGGUUCGAGGGGAAUUAAUGCAUUUCCUGGGUUACUACCAAUUCAAGAGCAGGACGCUUCAAGAUGAGUUUAGUCCUGAAGGUUUAUGUAAAGCUGCCAUGUUUGCUUUGCUUGUCAAGGAAGAACUCGAGUCUUGGCCAGAACAGGAUCAUCGCCAAAGAAGUUGGUUAACAGUUCCUGAGGCUAGUGAGUGUUGUCGGCAUGCAUGGAUGCGAGAGGCCCUUGAGGAAGGUUUUUCGAAGUGGCAUGCCGAUGGCAUGAUAAGCACCAUAAAGUAAGACAAUCAUCUUGCUUCCUCCUCUCCUGACCAGCAUUUGAUUAGUUGCUAGAUGCUUUACCAAAAAUGGUGCCUGAAGUUGAUUUUGGGGCCUUUCUAAUUCUUUUUUUCUGGGAAGGAGGUAAACAAAAAAAAGUUGUGCUGUUUUAGAUGUUCAAUUAUGUUUCAAUCAGAACCUUGGGUUCGUUUGUUCAUUUCUUUCUUUCUUUUUUUCCCUCUUCUGGAAAAUAGAGAAUUAAUGGAAGAAAAAGGAAAGGAAAUUCAUGAACAGUUGCCAUUAUGUUACUGACUAAUGUUUUUUCAAGUCAGUCAGCAUUACAAUUUUAGAAAUCUCCUUUGCUUUUUCAUCUUUUUGGCAAUGC